AUGAUGAUCACACAUACCCCAUCACCACCACCACGUCGUAACAGCCAAACACCCAUGGGCGGUUCCUUUAUUCACAGCCAUGGCACAAAAGUCUUUGUACCACAUCGAAUUGACCAUGUGCAGGAUGCCGUCAACCAAGCUCGCUUUAGUGAAAGACGAUGGGUAUGGGUGCAAGAUGAAGAGUAUGCCUAUAUCCGAGCACACAUCUUGAAUGAAAAUGGCAACAAGGUCGAAGUUGAAUUGGAGAAUGGCAUGUCAUGCUUCGUACCUAGUGAUAAGGUGUAUGCAAUGAACCCACCAAAGUUCGAUCGUGUGGAAGAUAUGGCCGAGUUGACUCAUCUCAAUGAACCAUCCGUGAUUCACAACCUUACGCUGCGAUACCAUGUGGGGGAAAUUUAUACUUACUCUGGCUUGUUUUUGGUGGCUGUCAAUCCAUACCGCAAACUUGGUAUCUAUUCUCAAGAGUAUAUUCAAUCUUACAAGGGGCGUCGACGAGGCGAAUUAUCACCACACAUUUAUGCUGUUGCUGAUCAAGCAUACCAUGACAUGGUACAAGAUCAUGAAGACCAAUCCAUUCUUAUCACUGGUGAAUCGGGUGCAGGCAAAACUGAAAACACAAAGAUCGUGAUUCAAUAUUUGGCUGCUGUGGCCAACAGUGUCAAAUCCAACCAAGCAACACAAUUGGCUCAACAAAUCCUUCAAGCCAAUCCCAUUCUGGAAGCAUUUGGCAAUGCUCAAACCAUCCGUAACAACAAUUCAUCACGCUUUGGCAAAUUCAUCCGUAUCAAAUUCAACGCACGCGCACAAAUCUCUGGAGCCAACAUUGAGUGGUACCUUUUGGAAAAGUCUCGUGUCCAUCAACAAUCGAUCAAGGAGCGCAACUAUCACAUCUUUUAUCAACUACUAAACGCUGACCAGGAGCUUAAGGAUCAACUAUGGCUUACUCAGCCUGCCGAUUUCAACUUUACCAAACGAUCCAAGUUUACUAUUGAAGGAGUGGAUGAUGCUGUGGAAUUUCAAAACCUUAUGAAUGCCUUUGAGAUUAUGGGUCUUUCCAAAGACGAGGUGCACAACUUUUUACGGAUUGUGGCGGCCGUUUUGCAUUUGGGCAAUAUCAAUGUGACUCCAGACUCUCGUGGUGAUCGAGCCGAUGUGCGCGACUUGAAAUCUAUUGAGCGUGUGUGCGAUCUAUUGGGAAUUCCAUCCAAUGAGUUCAGGAGCAGUUUGUUGAUGCCAAGGAUCAAGGCGGGUCGUGAUUGGGUGACACAAGCCAAGUCUUAUACACAAGUGUGUGCUAGUUUGGAUGCUAUUGCCAAAGCAUUGUAUGAGCGCAAUUUUGCCAGCCUGGUCGAGCGUGUUAAUCAAGCAUUGGAUGGAAACAAGAGCUCACAAAAGACUCGGUUCAUUGGUGUCUUGGAUAUUGCAGGAUUUGAAAUCUUUGAGAUCAACAGCUUUGAACAAUUAUGCAUCAAUUACACCAACGAGAAGUUGCAGCAAUUCUUUAAUCACAGCAUGUUUGAACUCGAGCAACAAGAAUACAAGAAGCAAAAGAUUGAAUGGAGCUAUAUUGACUUCGGAUUGGAUUUGCAACCAACAAUUGAUCUUAUCGAGAAAUCCAAGCCACGAGGUAUUCUAUCGUGUUUGGAGGAAGAAUGUGUAUUACCCAAAGGCAGCGACAAGCGGUUCCUGGAAAAGCUGAAUGAAGUAUGGGCUGGUAACAGUGAUCAACAAAGCAAUGGAUCGACAAAGUACAAGCCUGUGCGAUUCAAGGAAGGUUUCGUUGUCAAGCACUAUGCCGGCAACGUUGAAUAUUCAACCAAUGGAUGGAUUGAUAAGAACAAAGACCCGCUCAAUGAAGACAUUACACGACUCUUGGCGCGAUCCACUGUAUCUCAUGUGGCUUCCUUGUUUGAUGAAUACCUCACGGAUAAUGAAAUGAUACCUGGCACACCCACAUCCUUGGAUACCCCAACAAAGGACACCUUACUCAAACUUCGCAAAGGCACGGGAUCCUUCCAAACUGUGGGUCAACGACACAAGCAACAAUUAUUAUCAUUGAUGCGGACAUUGGAUGAGACACACCCACAUUUUGUACGUUGCAUGUUGCCCAACAAUCGCAAACGCAGUGGAGAAAUCCAACCCAAGCUCGUCCUUGACCAGUUACGUUGCAAUGGUGUGCUUGAAGGUAUCCGCAUUUGUCGCAAGGGUUUCCCCAAUCGUUUAUCCUUUGAUGAAUUCCGUAAACGCUACGAGUUGCUUUGUCCCAAUUUGAAGAUGGAUGGUCACACUUAUGGUCGUGCAGCUUGUCAAGCAUUAUUGGAAGCAAUGCAAGUGGAUCCCGAAAGAUAUCGACUUGGUACCUCCAAGGUGUUUUUCAAAGCGACAGUGCUUGCCGAGUUGGAAGAGAUUCGAGAUCGCUACGUAUCCAAUUACAUGACCAAUUUCCAAGCCAUGUGUCGAAGAUACGUUGCCAGGCAACGUAUCACACGCAAAGCACGUCAAACGGAAGCCAUCAAAGUGAUGCAACGUAAUGCAAGGAUUUACGUGACCUUACGUGAAUGGCCAUGGUGGAAGUUAUAUGCAAAGUUACGAUCCGUGGGUGCUGCUUAUCGUACUGAGACACAAAUCCGUGAACGAGAUCAGAAAAUUACACAACAAAAGGCACAGUUGGAUGAACAGCAAACGCGUAUCGAGCAAUUACAGCAACAAAUCACACAACAGCAAACCGAGCAUGCUGAUCGCACCCAAGGGAUGGAGCAAGAAUUCAAGGAAAGCAAACAAGCGUUGCUUGAUAAGCUUGCAGGAGCUGAAGAGCGUAUGGAUGCCAUGAAUCAAGCAUUGGAAUCGAGCCAACAAGAAAAUGAGGCGCAGGCCGCCAUGAUUAUGCGUCUACACAAGGAUAUACGUGAAUGCAAUGAUGAUAACGAAUCGCUAGCCAAGCAAUGUCAAUCAUUACGCAGCACAAAUGAGACCUUGUCAGCACGUGUUGAAUACCUCGAGAAUGAUACCGCUCGUGAGCAUGAUGCUACCAUUGAACGACUCAAGCAGGAAAUUGCUCAAUUACAAGCGGAACGAGAUCAAGCCAACCAAUGUUUGAAGGAAAAGGAGACUGAAUGCAACCAACUACAAGAGGAACGGGAUCAAGCGAAUGAACAACUCAAGGAAACCAGUUCACAGCUCGAAGAAAGCAAACGACGAGGACAAGAACUUGAGGAGCAGAUACAGCAGAUGCAAUCGAACAAUGAUUCUCUUCAAGCAAACUGGAAAGAUUUGGCACUUGCAUUAAAAGCAGAAGCAUCGGAAGCAAAAGCACGCUCCAACAGACUCGAGGAGAUGGUUUCCAAGUUUGCAUUAUCAUGA